UGGGAGCUCGUGCUUUCUGUAGGGGGUGCGAUCGAGCGAAGGCUAUCUGAUUUUUCCUCGGUUGAGGAAAGGAUCGGACUUUUCUCAACAGCCAUGUGCUACAGUUUCCCCUCUUUAUCAGAAAGGCGUUGGGUUUGUUUUGGUCUUUGUCUUUCUUUUUGGGGCAACGCUGAAAAAAACCCUUCAACUUUCUUUCUUGAUUUGAAAGAUUGUUCUGUACACAGGAGCAGGACAUCCCAUGAAACCACAUCGGUUGGCAUUGACCCACAGUUUGGUGCUACAUUAUGGACUCUAUAAGAAGAUGAUUGUAUUUAAGCCAUAUCAAGCUUCUCAGCAUGACAUGUGUCGCUUUCAUUCAGAAGAUUAUAUUGACUUCCUUCAGAGAGUUAGUCCUAACAACAUGCAAGGAUUCACCAAAAGCCUCAAUGCUUUCAAUGUGGGAGAUGACUGCCCUGUUUUUCCAGGACUAUUUGAAUUUUGUUCUCGAUAUACUGGAGCUUCCUUGCAAGGAGCAACACAGCUGAAUAAUAAGAUUUGUGAUAUUGCAAUUAAUUGGGCUGGAGGCCUGCAUCAUGCCAAGAAGUUUGAGGCUUCUGGGUUUUGUUACGUGAAUGACAUCGUGAUUGGCAUUUUGGAGCUUCUCAAGUACCACCCACGUGUGCUUUACAUUGAUAUAGACAUCCAUCAUGGAGAUGGUGUACAGGAAGCUUUUUACUUGACAGACCGUGUCAUGACAGUAUCUUUUCACAAAUAUGGGAAUUACUUUUUCCCUGGUACAGGUGACAUGUAUGAAGUUGGAGCUGAGAGUGGCCGCUAUUACUGUCUAAAUGUACCUUUGCGGGAUGGCAUUGAUGACCAAAGUUAUAAGCACCUCUUCCAGCCAGUCAUUAAUCAAGUGGUGGAAUUCUAUCAGCCAACUUGCAUAGUGUUACAGUGUGGUGCUGACUCCUUAGGCUGUGAUCGUCUGGGCUGCUUUAACCUCAGUAUAAGAGGACAUGGGGAAUGCGUGGAAUAUGUAAAAAGUUUCAACAUUCCCCUUCUGGUAUUAGGAGGCGGUGGCUAUACAGUUCGCAAUGUGGCCCGAUGCUGGACUUAUGAAACAUCAUUGCUAGUAGAUGAAGCAAUUAGUGAGGAGCUUCCGUAUAGUGAAUACUUUGAAUACUUUGCUCCAGACUUUACUCUCCACCCUGAUGUCAGCACUAGAAUUGAAAAUCAGAACUCAAGGCAGUACUUAGAUCAAAUACGGCAGACAAUAUUUGAGAAUUUGAAGAUGCUGAAUCAUGCACCUAGUGUCCAGAUCCAUGAUGUCCCUUCUGAUCUUCUGAGCUAUGAUCGCACAGAUGAGCCUGAUCCAGAAGAGAGAGGUUCAGAAGAUAAUUAUAGCAGGCCAGAAGCUUCCAAUGAGUUCUAUGAUGGUGACCAUGAUAAUGACAAAGAAAGUGAUGUUGAAAUAUGAGCCCUGAAUCCUAUAAAUUUACACUAUGUGAAAUUGUCUGGAUGAUGAGACUCUUAAGGAGGCAAUAGGUUCCAGCAGAAAGACUGCUCUUUCUACCCGUUUUCUGAAAUGAUAUCAGCAGGACUGGUAAAAGAUGGAAUUAUUUGAGUACAGAAGGCAAUGAGGGUUGCCACUUGACCUGAUCUUCAGCCAUUAAUUGUGGGAAUAAACAUUCAUUACUUCAGAUUCAUGUAUGUAUACUUUGUUGCUCGGUGACCCUCUUCAAUUCUCAUUCUGCAACGACCAUCACUCUUCACAAGGCUGCCGCUGUUCAAAAAAGGACAGGAUUUGUAUUGUAUUUUGAACCAUUUUUCUUUGAUUUUCCUGAAGGACCUAAUUAGAAAUCUGUUGUAAAAAGCUUGCCUACAUGGACAUAUCAGUUUAUUGCAGCUAUAUGGCCAGAAACAGUGAAAUAUCCAAUUGUAGGCUACUUGCAUACGUACAUAUAUAAAAAUGCACUGAGCAUGAUCUAAUGAUGAAUAAGAAGACUUAUAAUAAAAUUAAUUUUUAAAAAAGUUAUUUUAAAAAUCUAAAAAUAAUAUCUAUCCUAUUAUGUUUCCGACAAAUCUCCAGUGCUGCUGUGCAGAAUCUAGCCACCUGUGCCGUAAUCACAGCCUGUUCGUCCUUAAGCAGCCACUGGAGAUAAGUAGUGUCAGAAUGGCCAGGAUAUCUAUCGAAUAUCGGGAGGACAUGGUUUUUUUCGAAUAUCUCUAGAAAGAGCAUUGAAGCAGUAUGUGUCCAAUAGUCUCCACCUCUCCUGAGCCACCGGAGCAAAGUCUUUCAGUCAAUGGUAUCUUUUUAUACUUGCUGUACAGGAUGGCCGGUGGAAGCGCAUGGCACUGUGCGAGCGAAAAUGCUUUCCGGUGAUUUGCUGACUCCAACUGGCUAUUAGAUAUGUUGUUGGUGGGAUAUGUUGUUGGUGGGAGCAACAACAUACCUAAUAGAGUCUGGAGCCAGAAACAGCAGAGCUAUCCCUAAGUCCGCUUGCCUCUUGAUGCCCUCUACCUUUUGUCACAAGGUUUGUUAUGGUCGUAGUCAUCUAUGUGGACAAAUUUUCAGCUUCUAUAUCAAUGGGAAUUAUAAACAGAGAUCAGAUAAUGUUGGUGGAUAUUUUGCUUAACUAUAGUAGAAGUGGAAAAGUCAUAUAUUUAGCACUCCAAUCGUGGAUUAUUUUAAAAAUUAUCUUUUAGUCCUGGUUGGAGAUGUUAUGAAUUGCAUGGCAACAUGCCAAUUGAGAAAUUAAUUUGGCAGGUUUUUGGUGACUUUAUGCUCUAUAGCAAUGAAGGAGUAUUAUUAAAGGAAAGAGUCCCGGACCAAAAAUUAAUAUUCUUCAGUGUAUCCAUCUUUUGCUAUGUGUUAAUUCCUAAAAGUCCUGUAUUUUGAGUUUAGGUAUUAUUCAUACUUGAAUUCUAAAAGAAAGAAAAUAUAAGGAUACUUUCAACAGAAACAUAUAUCCCUCUCCCUUUUUUGCCCUAUUCAACAUUGUCCUGAUAUCUGAAGUAUUUGAGGGGGCUGAAAUGGAAAGAGAUUUCCCAACUUUAAUUCCUCCUCAUCUAAUGUGGACUUAAAUCUUUUUAAUUAAACUACAUGUGCUGAAGAUAGUUGCCAACACUUUGAUCAGUUCUUUGCAGCUAAAAUGACAGGCAGUUGCCCUUCUCUUAUUUUUUACCUGUGGACUUAAAAUAUUAAACGCAAUAUUUCUUAUCUU